AAUCCUAAAGCAAUCAACACGACUGCGGGACAGGGGCAACAGGUCGGCAGGCAGGAGAAAGAACUAUUAGAAGACCUGGAAACCCCCCUUGCAAGGAGAGAAAUGGAAACCCUCUUCCAAGAGCAGCCCGAGGCUGGGAACCAGUAUUUGGAAGAUGCUUUGCUUCGGAGUUACUUGAAAACACACCUUCCUCUCAAGGUACUGGAGGAGGUGAAUCAGGACCUGGAGAGAUUUGGAAACCGUCUACUAACUGAGAUCAAACCUCUAGGAUGGGAAUGCGAGUUGAACCCCCCUGUGUUUCGGCAGUAUGAUGCCUGGGGGCGGCGGGUGGAUCACAUUGUCACCUGCUCGGCCUGGAGGAGGAUGAAAGAGAUUGUUGCAGAAGAGGGGCUGAUCGCUGAGGCCUAUGAGAGAAGAUACUCCAACUGGAGCCGUCUGUACCAGGCUGUCAAACUCUACUUAUAUUCAGUCUUCUCUGGAAGUUUCGGCUGUCCAGUGGCCAUGACUGAUGGGGCAGCCAAAGUCAUUGAGUCACUAGGUAUUCCUGGAUCUCUGAAGAACGCUUUUGACCAUCUGACAUCCCGUGACCCCAAGAAGUUCUGGACCUCUGGCCAGUGGAUGACCGAGCGCAGGGGAGGCUCUGACGUUGCUAACAGCACCGAGACAGUGGCCAGAAAGCAGCCGGAUGGUACCUAUCGUCUCUAUGGUUUUAAAUGGUUUACAUCGGCUGCUGAUUCUGAUGUGACAUUAACCCUGGCCAGGGUAGCGGAUGCUGAAGGACAAGUAAGACAGUUCUGUUUGAUGGGUUCCAGCGGCCUGUCACUGUUCUUCCUGAAGGUUCGAGAUGAGGAGGGGAAGCUGAACAGCAUCCAAGUGCAAAGGCUGAAAGACAAGUUGGGCACGCGGCAGAUGGCAACAGCAGAGCUAUGGAUCGAUGGAGCUAAAGCAGAGCUAAUCUCUGCAGAAGGUCGUGGAGUGGCCUGCAUCUCCAGCAUGCUGAACAUAACUCGGAUCCACAACGUCAUUAGUGCAGUAGCUUCCAUGAGAAGGAUGAUCAGCCUGAGCAGGGAGUAUGCCCGUAGGCGGGUUGCCUUUGGGAAGCUUCUCAAGGACCAUCCCCUGCACAUGCAGACGAUAGCCCGGAUGGAGGUGCAGACACGAGGGGCGUUUCUUCUGCUUAUGGAGAUCACUCGUCUGCUUGGACUUGUAGAAACCAACAUGGGGAGUGAGCAAGACCAGCUUCUCUUGAGACUGCUGAUACCAGUUGCCAAACUGUACACUGGGAAGCAGGUGCUGUCCAUAUGGGAGGGAACAACAAAUAUCCUGUCACUUGAUGUCCUGCGAUGCCUCACCAAGAGCCAAGGACAGGUGAUGGCUGUGUUCUUCUCCUCAGUGCAGAAAAAACUCGAGCUGGCUUCGAGUACUGCGAAACUGGAACCCGCCGUGAAGCAAACACGCGAUGCCGUCAGCAGCCUUGUGCAGUUCAUGCAAGCAGCUGGUUCAAAGCAGGCAGUGACCAUGGAGCUAGCAGCAAGAGACUUCUCCUACGCCCUAGCAAGGAUCUACGCAGGUACUCUUUUAAUUGAACAUGCAGCUCGGCCUGACGCUUCCUCCGCAGACAUCUCUGCUGCUCGAAGGUGGUGCAACCAGGAGCUGAGCCCCGUGGCCACCGAAAUUAAGUCUCCUUCUCUGGAGAUGUUCAAAACCCACCUGGACGCAAUCCUGCGCAACCGCU